AUCAUCUUUGCGUGGCACAAAUAUAAACUAUUUACGAGUCCCGUGUUUUGUUUAGGGGCGCAAUGCUAACUUUAAUUAGCAAAUAAGCUAGCAGUCAAUAAUACAAUCUACAGAUUCACUGUUUGUGAUCUCAGUCUCUCUAUACUUGAUUAACAAUGAAUUAUAAAUAAAACACACAUUUAUUUUACUUUGUACAUUGUCCUGGUGUACCAGAAAAACCUUUACUGGACGUAGACAAAAGACUGCUGUAUUUAUAAUUUAUUGGUCUAUGUUUCAUACUAGUGAGCUGUCUAGGCUCAGAGACAGAUUGAACAUGGGGUGGAAACGUAAGUCGUCAUCUCCAGAACCACAACCGAAUCCUGCCAAAGCACCUAAGAGGGAAUCUAUCAGCAGAUCUCCUUUCACUCUCAAACUGUCUCCUAGUUCCUGGAGAAGGAAGGUCUCCACCCCUACUAAGACAAAGUCAAUACAAACUCCAGUUCAAUCCAAUUGCCAGGAGCAGAACUUCAGUGCAGACCAUGGUGAGGAUAACAGUGACAGUGCCCAUGACUCCACUCCACUUUCAUCCCCCCUGCAGUCAGAGGUGGAUGCAGAGCUGGGUCUGGUCAUCACCGUGGAUGAGGACAGGUGUGAAGGAGAGGAGUGGCUGAAUAAACGAAAUGGAGUGAAUGUUAAGAAGAGUGGAAUGACUUGGGUGGAAGGAGAGACCCCUGAGAAGAAUGGAGAGAUGGAGAAGACUUCAGGAGAGAUUGGGGAAGAGGACGAGAGUGAGGAAGAGUUGAGGAAGCUGGACAGAGAUUUAAUGCUCAAAUCUAAAAAACUCAAGCUCUCCUCUGUCAACGUUCGUAACAUCAUCCAUGAGGUGAUAACUAAUGAGCAUGUUGUGGCCAUGAUGAAAGCUGCUAUAAGAGAGACACAAGAUAUGCCCAUGUUUGAGCCUAAAAUGACCCGUUCUAAACUCAAAGAAGUUGUUGAGAAAGGGGUGGGGAUGGGCAAUUGGAACAUCUCCCCAAUAAAGAAGCCAAGUGAGAUUAAGCCACCCCAGUUUGUGGACAUUCCCCUGCAAGAGGAGGAGGACUCCUCUGAUGAAGAGUAUUGUCCUGAUGAAGAUGAGGAGGAUGAAACCACUGAGGAGACGUUUUUGGAGAGUGAUGUGGAGAGCACGGCCUCCUCACCACGUGGCAGCAGACGUUCUUCCUCUCAUACGCCCUCCCAAUGUGAUGAUGCCAACAACAGCCCCAGAUUGAAGCCCAGGCUCUCCAGGCACUUGAGAGUUGAGGCAGUGCCUAUGGGUCCCCCUGCCCCACCUCCUCAAUCAUGUGGCCCCUCACGAUCCCUCAGGGCCCCUGACCCCUUCAUUGAGAAACUCCAUGCUGUGGAUAAGGAACUUGAACUCAGUCCUCUCUGCAUGGAGCCUUACCAGGCUCUGAGCACUGGCGGUGGAGGAGAGCCGAAUGACAGUCUGGUAGCCUGCCGUACUCGGUCAAAACGUCCGCUGAGGGAUGUUCCUCUGGAUCAGCUGGAGGCAGAGCUCCAUGCACCAGACAUCACACCAGAUAUGUACGAUAACGUCUCCACACCAGAGGACCGUGAAUGGACCCAAUGGCUACAGGGACUCAUGACCUCUGACCUGGACAAUGAAGAAGAGGCUGAUGAAGAUGACGACCCUGAAUAUAACUUUUUAGAUGAUCUAGAUGAGCCAGAUUUGGAGGAUUAUCGAAAUGACCGUGCUGUUCGCAUCACAAAGAAGGAAGUCAAUGAGCUCAUGGAAGAGCUGUUUGAGACGUUCCAUGAUGAGUUGGCAGCCAAUGAACAAGACGAGGAAGGUCACGAAGAAGACGAGGAACGUGAUGAGGAGGCCGAUGACACUCCACAGUUCAAUGUUCCUCAAGCCAUUAGGUUUGAGGAGCCGCUGGCUCACAUGUUGACAGCGUGCAGGCGGACAGUUAGAGAGCAGCUGGAUGCUUUGCAGCAGCGACGGGAGAACCAGGUUCGGACCACCCAGCAUGCACCUGGGCCCGGCAUGGUUCUUGUGCAGCAAAGCUGUCCUCUGAUGGUCACGUCUCCUCAGAGAAUACAGCUGCAGCAGCAAAUACAGCAACAUGUCCAGUUACUGACACAGGUCAAUAUGCUGUGCAACCCAGUGGGGGCGCUACAGAGUGAAGCUCAAACCACUAAACUUUUCCUGGGGGAGUUGCUGUCAUUUGCAGAGCGGGCAGAGGAGGGGAGGUCAGCAGUUAAUCCAAGUUUUAGAAGCAUGUUUAGGGUGUGUAAUUUGGAGACCUCCCUCAAGUUGCUGGAGGAGUUAAAACAAUGUCCGUCUCCUCUGUAUCUUCCUCCUAAACCCAUUCGCCAUCACUCAGCUCAUUCAUACCCAUUGCUCCCUGCUGGUCUUGCAUGGUUGUUCGCCACACGCUCUGUGUUUCUGUACCCAGAGCUUCUACCACACUGCAGUCUGGAUCCAGUCCUGCAUCGCCCAUGGAGCAAAAGUUAUUACACCAAAGGAGAAGACGGUCUGAUAGUAUUGGGGUUAAAGCACUUUGCUCAAACAGAGUUCCCAUAUCACCUGAUGAGCCGCUACCUGAUCCGGCCCAAGCGUCAAGAGCAGCUGCGUACACGUGUAAAGGAAAUGGCAUCUUUCAGAAGCCCACACAACAUAAUUAAGUUUUACUGCCAGAAUGGUGUGGUUCCUCCUUUGCCGGUGAUGUGCAGACCUGUGGUACCUGGAGAGGAGCUCCCUCCUGUGGAGAGAGAGCAGAACAUCAUGCCAAACUGGCUGAAGAAAAGUUUACCAUACAUCCAUAGGGCAGUUUGUCAGAGCAGUUUACAGGUGACCUCCACCACCAAAUCUCCUACCCUGUCCUUCACAAAAGGAACACGCUACCCAAAAUUCCUCCCUAAAGGGGUCUCUCUGCGUCUGCAUCCUUCAAAAGGUGUAAGUCGCCCUUCACAGCCCAAAUCCCGCCGUCUGUUCGGUUUCGUCCGCCCUAUUCUCACACCAUUGGCGAAAGCCCCUCCGUGUCCCACUGGUGCAGGACAUGUAUUGACCAAUGUCUCCACACCACUUCCAGCACAUGGUGUAAUAUUAUUGGCCCAAGCACCUAGCACUCCUAUAAAUGGGGUGUUCCCUUUGGUCCAGCCCUCUGUGACUCCUGCACAUGGGACUGUCCCAUUGAGUACUACUUGUCCUAUUAAUUUUCAGUAUGUUACUCCAGCAUUGGGGGCUGGUAAUCCAGCACAUCUUUCUGCCAACUUGCCCCCCACUGUAGUUCAGAUACACCCAUGUGACAUGCCUCUACUUGGUUCUGUGACAGUCAGGACAUGUGGCAUGCAGCAGAUGUCCGAGAACUGCAAGAAACAGACCAUGCCUAGAAAACUUGCUCCUUUGAAACCAGCCCCCCAGCUUCCCCAGCUAUUGCCCCUGCCCUCUGGGAGAACAGGAAACGUAAGCAACCCUGCUGUUGUAAUGGAUCAACCAGUAUCCUUAAAUGUUACACAGAAUUUUCCAUUAGAUAAAGCUCACCUGACUGCCACCACACAGAGAAUGGUCACAUCUCCCUCUCAGGAUCUUGUCAUAGAGUUAGUCCCUGGUACACAGUCCAUGGAAAAUGCCUCGAGUAGUGUUCAAAAUGGUCAAAGGACUGCCUUCUCUCCUCUGACAUCAGCACCAGCAGCAGCAGACAGUUCUCAGUUUGUUCUGGUUCAGACCAUUUCACCUGCUGGAGUGCCUCAGUUCCUACUUCUACACCAAGACCCAUUCAUUCUGAACCAACCUGCUCCACUUCCUGCUGAAGGUGCACCAAGGAGUUUAUCCCAGCAGACUGCCUGCUCUGACAUUCCAGCUAGCUCUACAGAGAGGACUGAGGUGCCUUUAAACAUAACACCAUCCACACCAUUGCCAAUUAGAGGAGAGGAUUCUGGAAAAAGAAAGGAAGAGGAUAAAGAAAUGGCUGGAGACAGAUGGGAAGAGGAAAUGGCAGGUGCUCUGUUUGGUAGUCCUCUCCUGACACUUUCAGAGUCCUCUUGCAGCCCCGAAUCCAGUUUGACCAGCAUGGAUGCAAACACGGACUGUGGUGCUGAAGGCUCCUUGAGGGUGGAGACGGAUACUGAGGACUGUCCUCUUGUCCGGUCGGGCUCUGGCAGACAGGAAACACAGGGAGUGCGCAAACACAGCACUGGAGAUGGGAAGGAGCAACAGUCCAGUGGGGGAGAGAAACAGAGCAGUGGGAAUGAGGAUGUUGGACGAGGCGAGGAAAGGGACAGUGGGGGAGAUGGAGAGCGUGAUGAAGAUAAAGAAGGAGAGAAGAACGGUGAUGGAGAAGGCGGCAGAAAAAGAGAUGGGGGUGGAAGUGGUGAUAAAGGAAGAGAAGAGAAGGAUGGAGAUGGAGAAAAAGAUGGAGAUGGAGAGCGGGAUGAGGAAGAGGAGGAUUUUGAUGACCUCACACAGGAUGAAGAUGAGGAGGAAGUCAUGUCAUCGGCAUCAGAGGAAUCUGUGCUGUCUGUUCCAGAACUUCAGGAGACCAUGGAAAAGUUGACCUGGUUGGCAUCAGAGAGGUUGUGCAGAGAGGGAGACUCAGAGGAGGACAAUUCGCCCACAUCCCCAACAUCCCCCACCUCCCCAAACUCUCAAAACUCCCCUGCUUCCCAGAAUUCACAGGAGGAGAACUCUGAGGAUGAGGAUGAUGGGGCGAUAAAGGGUGAUGAGAUGGAAGCAGGGGAGGGAGAAGGCGGAAAGCUUCCUGAGGGAGAUGCGCCACUGGGCGACGACCCCCCACAGAUCAGCGGGAGAGGAGGAGGACGUGGAAGAGGCCGCGGUCGCCCACCCCCUCGUAGUCUGAAGCGUGGUCGCCGUCAGGAACGAGGCAGUAAAGAUGCCUCAAAGCUCCUUCUACUGUAUGAUGACCACAUUUUGGACAACGAUCCAAUGAGAGAGAGCAAAGACAUGGCUUUUGCCCAGGCUUAUCUCAACAGGGUGCGUGAAGUCUUGCAAGACAUCCCUGGUAAGGUGGAGGAGUUUUUAGGGCUGCUUUAUGAGUUUGACCAGGCAGGAGAGAGCCGCAGUGUUAUAGAGCUGUUUUCUCAGCUGAAACUUCUCCUCAAAGAUUGGCCUGAGCUUCUCAAGGACUUUGCAGCUUUCCUUUUACCCGAACAAGCUCUGGAGUGUGGGCUGUUUGAGGAGCAGCAGGCCUUUGAGAGGAGUCGUCGGUUCCUGCGUCAGUUGGAGAUCAGUUUUGGGGAGAAUCCAUCUCAUUACCAGAAGAUAGUGAGAGCGCUGCAGAGUGGAAGUCCUCUCAGUCCUGCUGGUGUUGAAGAGCUCAAAGCACAGAUGGCCACCCUUCUUAAGGGCCACACGCACCUACAGGGAGAAUUCUGGAUGUUUUUUGACGAGAUGCGUCCACCUCCAGCACGUCCUGGCCAGUUUGAAGAGGCUGUUUGGCCGGAGGACAUGGGCACUGGGACAGAUGGAGAAGCAGGGAUGAGUGUGAGCUCUAGAGGUGUAUGGGGAGGGUUUGAAGAGGUCACACUCCCUGAUCUAGAGGAGGAUGAAGAAUCGCACAAGGUUCGACAGAUUAGCAGCAGGAGCAAAAGGAGGAAAGAAAUGCGCACACAUGGCAUCUACAAGGACUGUGAUUGGCCUGAGAAAGAUUGCUCUUGUCCCUGUCAUGACUCCAGCCAUGAUGCCAAACAUCGCAGGCAUAAGAGGAAGGGAUGCUUGCGUUGUCAUAGCAACAAGGCCACUAAUGGCUCUAAGGUGCUGAAAAAUCGUGAUUCUGCUUUUCCGUCUGCUGAUGCGCAAUCCGAAAGGGGAGGAGAAGAAAAGGAAGAGGAAAGAGGACAAGGGGAGGAUGGAGAGGCAGAGAAAGAGGUUAAAGAUGAGACUGGCAGUGGAGCAAACAGUCCACAUUGUGAAGGUGACGGGCCUGUGUGGGAGGGAGGAGAGAGACCCCCUUCCCCCAUCUCAGAGGAGCAAAAAAUACAGAAUGAAGAAGACAACGAGAAAAACGAAGAGGAUAAACACGAUACGUCUCCACAGAAGCACAGUAGGGAUGAAGAUGAUUCAGUUGAAUUAGGAGAGAGAGAUGCCACUCAGCAGAGCACACUGAGCCCGGCCUUAGACACACCUGUGUGUGCCAAAAACAUCUCCCUCACUCCCAGUGGAGAGAGGGUCAUUCUCUGGACCAGAGAGGCUGAUCGAGUGAUCCUUACUGCCUGUCAGCAGCAAGGAGCCAAUCAGAGCACCUUUCAGUCUGUGGCAGAGCAGCUUGGAAACAAAACAGCCAGUGAGGUUUCAAGGAGAUUUCGGGACCUGAUGCGUCUCUUCCAUACAUCAGCUUGUCAGGCCAGCUCAGAGGACGAGGCUGCUGAGCAGCAGUCUGCCACUGAUGAGGAGCAGGACUGAGCCCUGAAGUCAUGGAAGGAUCAGACUUUUCUCCAUCGAUAUGAACUGUUGUCUUUGUGCAAUAAAACACAGAUGCACUUCUUCUAGUUGGAGACUAGUCAUGCACCUAAAUCCCAUGUCUUGCACUUAACACCAGCCAAAAACAUAAUUUAAGCAUGGUGACAACGGGUCUGAAGGUUUCUAUGUAACAUAUGAAGAAUAAAUCCAUUAAAUAUGAAGAUGUUAUAAGACACAUGCUACACAAACAAAACCAACACACACACAUACAAGUUAUUAUUGUAGAUUUGUAGCACAAAAACAGCUCAGGUUCUGAUAUGGCCUGAUUAUUGUAUUAGCGUUGGUGGGCAAAUUUUAUGGCCCUUCCUGAGCACAAAAUGAAACAUUGAUACGUCAAAAGAUGCAGUAAAGUAAUUUUCAUUAAGCACUAACCAGCAGAUUCUCACCACUGUUGUUUUUGAUGGUAUACACAGAUUGACUGUAUAUUCUGUGAAUAUAUGAACAUAUGGGGGGCAUGUACAGUAUUUUUAUAUUGAUGGUUUUGUUUUAUUUUGCUUCAGAUGUAAGUUUUGAGAAUGAUGCACAAAGUUGUCUUGAGAGACGAAUAAUAAAAUGACUAUUUAUACCA